UGCAUCACGGCACACAGACAACAGGAGGGAAUCGGUUCAGAUGUUCAUCGUCACAUUGUGGUGUGAAUGGCUUGUGCUUCCGCCGUACCAAUGUGACGUCGGUCGCGGGCGAGAACGCAUCCAGAGGAGGAGAUAGAUGCCCAGCAGCCGCUUGAGGGUCCGUUGCAUGUGCACCUAAAGGGCGACGCGCAUGAAACAACCAAGUGCGUCGACUGCACAGUGGCUGCCUGAGCUGGUUCACUGAGGUUACCUGCUUGAGCGUACUGGGGUGUCAUCUGGGGAUGGAUCAGGCUGGUCACUGACAUAGUUGACGAACAAAAGCUGCCCUUGCUGUGCAGCGAUGAUGGACCAACGAAGCCACCUCCUGCAAACAGAGAUGCGUGCAUGAGGGCGCUGUCUGCACACUCGUCUGGGUCGCCUAUUCGUUACCUGUGAGUGGAUGUGGGUUGCCUCGCUGUCCUACUUCCUGGUCGCCGCUUUGGCGUGGAUCAAAACCCGAAACACCAUCAUGACCGACAUGUCCGUGUGGAUUCGCGGCCGGCAGAGGCCCUCCGAAAGGCUGGAGGGCACAACACAGGCAGACAUACAGACAGGAAUGAUGGGUAAGUCCCUGUCGACAGCCCGAUGCUGCUCACCAGCAUUGACGGUGAAGCAGUUGGACCAGUGGGAUCAGUGGACGCGCACACAAGGC